AUGAUGAGGUUGACCUUUACCAACGAUGAUGGCACUCCUCAUGGCCAGAGCGUGGAGCAGCCCAAGUCUCUAGGCGACCGGUUGCGUCUCUCGCUUGAGUUUGUGUUGGUGACGUUGCAGCUUGUUUUGGCGGUGUUGACGUUUUUCAUUGCCGGCUUCCGGUAUGAGUGGAGGUCGUCGUUUCUCGUGCAAGCUUGCUUGACGGCUAACUGGGGCUACGCAUUCCUCUUGUGCGGGGCCCGCACGCUCAACAUGAAGAAGCAGCGUCUUGUGUUGCCCAACUUGUGGGCGCAUUCCACGGCGUUGUACUUGUUCCAUCUUGUUUCGUCGGCGGUGUUCUUCCGCUCGGCUCUCAUCGGCCAUGUCAAGAGGUCGCACGUUGCCUACUACUACACUCUUGAUUUCCCCGUCACCGUCAUUCUUGCCUACCUUACGUUGUCGUGCAGCGUGGGUGACAAGCCGGCUAAAAUCUACGUCACUUCUGAUGGUGCUACUCCAUCACCAGAGAACAUUGCCAGUCUUUGGUCGUUCUCGACGUACUCGUGGAUCGAUAAGAUGAUAUGGAGAGCCCGCAAGUCGCCGUUGACUAUGGCAGACAUUUGGGGCUUGCGUGAGGACGACUAUGCAUUGCAUGUUCUCAAGGUGUUUGAUUCUUCAAAACUGGCCGCUAGAUUUACCUUCAAGCUUUUCUCCCAUUUCAAGUGGUUAUUCGCUCUUCAGGGUUUCUGGGCCUUGUUGGAGUCCAUUUUGGUUUUUCUCCCCACAAUAUUGCUCAAGAAAGUCUUGGAGUACGUUGAGGACACCACAACCACCACACGCUCCAUGGCAUGGUGUCUAGUUUUGCUCAUGCCAUUGACCAAAUUGAUCGACUCCUUGAGUUCUGGGUUUUCUUUGUUCAUUGGCAGACGUGUCUGCGUGAGAAUGAGAGCCAUCAUUAUCGGCGAAGUGUAUGCAAAGGCCUUGAGAAGAAAAAUCUCCAUUAAGGACGUGAGCGACGAUGAGCCUGAGUCUGAUCAAAAGUCAGCAGAUUCCGAUGAUAAAAAGAAGGACACUGACUCUUCUGGCACCUCAGAGUUGGGUGCCAUCAUCAAUUUAAUGGCAAUUGAUGCUUUCAAAGUGUCGGAGGUCUGUGGUUACUUGCACUUUUUUGUCGGAGGCACCUUGAUGCUUGUUGUUUGUACGGUUCUUUUGUACAACUUGUUGGGAUGGAGUGCAUUGGUAGGCUCUGCUGCUAUCGUUGUGUUCUUGCCCAUCAAUUACAAGCUUUCUUUGAUGACCGGCGAGGCCCAGAAGACAAUGUUGGGCACUACUGAUAAGAGAAUUCAAAAGAUGAACGAAACCUUUUCAAGCAUCAGAAUCAUUAAAUUUUUCGCCUGGGAAAACAACUUCUUCUCGGACAUCAUGAAGAUCAGGCACGAGGAGUUAUACUAUCUUAAAUUGAGAAGUAUUUUGUGGGGCCUCCAGAGUUUGAUCUGGUUUGGUAUUCCAACUAUCAUCACAGUCAUUUCAUUUUACUGCUACACCAUGAUCGAGGGCAAGCCUUUGACUGCUCCUAUUGCUUUCACCGCGUUAUCGUUCUUUACUCUUUUAAGAGCACCAUUAGACCAAUUGGCCGACAUGACUGCCAUCGUGAUUCAGUCCAAGGUGUCUCUUGACAGAGUGAGUGACUUUUUGGAGGAAGACGAAACUUCCAAGUAUGAACAGUUGGGUCAGAAACGUACCGAAAACUCUCCACUUAUUGGAUUUGAGAAUGCUUCUUUCUCUUGGAACUCUUCAUCUGAUGCAGACUUCAAGUUAAGAGACUUGAACAUCGCAUUCAAGCCAGGCAAGUUAAACGUGAUCAUUGGCCCUACUGGUGCUGGUAAGACGUCUUUGCUCAUGGCACUUUUGGGUGAAAUGGAACUCUUGAACGGUAAAGUAUUUUUACCAGGUAUAAUUCCAAGGGAUGAAUUGGUUGUUGAUCCAGCUACUGGUCUCACUGAGUCUGUCGCUUACUGUUCUCAGUCAGCUUGGUUGCUUAAUGACACUAUUAAAAAUAAUAUCAUCUUUGCUCAACCUUUUAUUCCCGAGCGUUACGAUAGAGUCGUUGAAGCUUGUGGAUUGACCCGUGACUUGGAGAUAUUGGCCGCUGGCGAUCAAACUGAGAUUGGUGAAAAGGGUAUCGCUUUAUCUGGAGGACAAAAGCAGCGUAUCUCUUUGGCUAGAGCGUUGUAUUCAAACUCAAAGCACGUUUUGUUGGAUGAUUGCUUGUCUGCUGUGGACUCUCAUACCGCCUUGUGGAUCUAUGAAAACUGUAUUUCUGGUCCUUUGAUGGCCAACAGAACUUGUAUCUUGGUAUCUCACAACGUUGCAUUGACUGUACAAAAGGCAGAAUGGAUAGUUGUUAUGGAAGACGGAAGGGCCAAGGUGCAAGGUACUCCAGAUGAAUUGUUGGAAAAUGGUCAUUUAGGUGACGAUGAGUUGGUCAAGUCCUCAGUGAUGAGCUCUCGUAAUCAGUCUAGUACUAACUUGAAGUCUUUGGACUCGAAGAACUCCGAAAUGAAGUCCAAGGCUGCUAUCAUAGAGAGCAAGUUAAAGAAUCUCGCUGGCGAAGAAGAGCAAAUGGAGGGUAUCCGUACUGACGGUAAGUUGAUUGAAGAAGAGGAAAAAGCUGAAGGUGUUGUCGGGUUAGAUGUCUACGCAGGGUAUGUUAAAGAGUUUGGUGGCUGGCCCACAUGGUCCAUCAUUAUUUUUACCUACGGAUUUACCCAGCUCGUCUACAUUGGACAGUCCUGGUGGUUGAAAUAUUGGGCUCAGGAUACACCGGAAACUAUUGCCACUGUUAUGAAUGUUGUUGGUGUAUCUAGUGACUCUAUGCCUGCUCUUGUCAAGACCUUUUUGGCGAAUACACAGUUGGCUAUUGGCUCAAUCACAUCUGCUUACAAGCUCGCCUCUGAUGCUGUCACGGCAUUCAAGACUCAUCACACUGUCCAAUACUACAUCAUUUGGUACGCAUUGAUUGGCCUUGGCUACGCUGUUUUGGCGACCAUCAGAGUGUUUGUGUCGUUUUUUGCCGGUAUCAGAGCUUCCAAUAGAAUUUUCAAACGCGUGUUGACUAGAAUUUUGAGAGCCAAGUUAGGCUUUUUCGACAAAACACCUCUUGGUCGUAUCAUGAACAGAUUCUCGAAAGACAUUGAGGCCGUCGAUCAGGAAUUGACACCUUUUGGCGAGGCAACAUUCGCAUGUCUUGUGUCCUGCGUUUCGAUUUUCAUUCUUAUUAGUGUCAUCACCCCUGGCUUUAUUUUCUUUGCUGUCAUUAUUUCCUAUUUGUACUAUUUGGUUGGAUCGUUCUACAUCACCCUUUCUAGAGAGUUGAAGAGAUACGACUCUAUCACCAAAUCUCCUAUUCAUCAGCACUUUUCAGAGUCAUUGACUGGUGUGGCCACCAUUAGAGCAUAUGGUGUGGAGUCUCGUUUCAUGAAGCAGAACUUGGCUGCUAUUGACGAAAAUAAUAGGCCCUUCUUCUACAUGUGGGUUGCAAACAGAUGGCUUGCAUUGCGAAUUGAUGCGGUAGGCUCUCUUGUCAUGUUGUUUGCUGGAAUAUUUGUCAUUUUGUCCAUCGGCAAGAUUGACGCAGGUUUGGCAGGUUUGUCCUUGUCGUACGCGAUUUCCUUCUCUGAAAAUGCUUUGUGGAUUGUUCGUCUUUACGCCAACGUAGAGAUGAACAUGAACUCCGUUGAACGUUUACAAGAGUUCAUGAAGGUGGACCAAGAGCCACCCAGCGAGAUUCCUGAAAAUGAACCAAAGCCGGAGUGGCCAACUAGAGGUGAGAUUGAGGUUAAAGAUGUCUCCUUAAGAUAUGCUCCACACUUGCCUAGAGUGAUCAAGAAUGUGUCUUUCCACGUGGAGCCCUCCAACAAGGUUGGUGUUGUCGGUAGAACUGGUGCUGGUAAAUCCACCAUUAUCACGGCAUUUUUCAGAUUUUUGGAUCCUGAGACUGGAUACAUCAAGAUCGAUGAUGUGGACAUUUGCAGCAUCGGUUUACGCAACUUGAGACAAGCGAUUACUAUCAUCCCGCAGGAUCCUACUCUUUUCACAGGUACUAUCAGAUCUAACUUGGAUCCAUUCGAACAGUACAAUGACAAGCAGAUCUUUGAAGCUUUGGAGAGAGUGAAUUUAAUAUCGCGUGGCGAACGUGCCAGGGACAUUGAUAGCUCUCAGGAGAACAAGAACAAGUUCUUGGACUUGAACUCUGCUGUGUCUGAAGGAGGCAGUAAUUUGUCCCAAGGACAGAGACAGUUGAUGUGUCUUGCCAGAUCAUUGUUGAAGAGCCCUAAGGUGAUUUUGUUGGAUGAGGCUACCGCAUCGAUCGACUACAAGUCGGACGCUAUGAUCCAACAGACUAUCAGAGAGGAGUUUUCUGGAUCCACAAUUCUCACCAUUGCGCACAGAUUGAGGUCGAUCAUCGACUAUGACAAGAUUUUGGUGAUGGACGCUGGCAAAGUUGUCGAGUACGACGACCCAUAUACUUUAAUUGUCAACAAGGAGUCAUUGUUCUACAGCAUGUGUGAGAACAGUGGAGAGUUGGACGUACUCACCAAGCUCGCUAAGGAAUCGUAUGUCAGCAGGAAAAACAAGAAGUAG